CGUGGCCCCCGGAACACCCCCUUCCGUCGUUUCUGUCGGACCUCAAUACCUGGCACGCACAGGGGUACGCCGACUACCUGGUCACCGAGAAGCCGCACUUCUUCUGAAGAGAUUUGGCCUCUUGCGGUCGACUGCGUCUAUGGAAUUCCCGCCGGGAAAUUUUGGCUGGGCACCACCUGUUUGUUGUACGAGGCUUCAACUCUGACUUCAAUAUGGAAGAACUUCUCCCACGUGUGCACGGCCGCUGUUGAGUUGGAAGAGGAUCUAUCCAUGUUGACCGAGGUCAGCUGCUGGUUGCGGGGCACGGCUUUGGGAUUGUGCUCCUCCUCUGCCUCCGGUCGACCGUGGCUGGGGUCGUGGCUGUCAGUACCCCAAGUGGGCCUAUCUGAGAAAGUUGGGAGAAGUAGAAAUUGCACUCACCUGGACGGAGCCGCGGUGGUCGGGAGGAUGUCGGCUGCGACGUCGGAUCAAUCGGCGCCACACGCUAUCAAGGACCAGGUCCCCGCAUCAAUUACUGCAUCAACAACAAUCCUUCAU